AGUGACAAAAAAAAAAAUCAUCCGUACUAAUAAAAAACGCUUUGCAAAGUUGCUAACUUUUUGGUCUUUCUAGAGAGAAUCAAUCUGACAGGAAAAAAAUUAAGCAAUUUUUGUUUGUUGCAUUGUAUUCUGUGGAUUGAGGUGAAAUGGCCUCCACCCUUUUCACCAGAAGUUUCUUGGCCGCUAGUCACCGCAUGAUUACUCCUUGUCUCUCUUCUCUUCUCCCCCAAAAGACUCUCAAUCUCGCCGCUUUUCUUAGUAAGAGAGCAUUCCACUCUCAGUUAGGCUCCGUUUCCACAGCCUAUAACUCAACUUCAUGGGCUCGUCGAGCCAUGGCUUCUUCUGGAAUUGAACCAAAAGCUGGCUACUCGACAUCAUCUGUAUCAGCCAAUGAACCUGUUGUUUCUGUUGAUUGGCUUCAUGCUAAUCUUAAAGAGCCUGAUUUGAAGGUUUUGGAUGCUUCAUGGUACAUGCCAGAAGAGCAACGGAAUCCGAUCCAAGAAUAUCAGGUUGCUCAUAUUCCUGGUGCUCUCUUCUUUGAUUUGGAUGGAAUAUCGGAUCGAACAACAAGUUUGCCACAUAUGUUGCCAUCUGAGGAAGCUUUUGCUGCUGGUUGUUCUGCUCUUGGUAUCGAGAACAAAGAUGGAGUGGUUGUUUAUGAUGCAAAGGGUAUAUUUAGUGCAGCUCGUGUAUGGUGGAUGUUCAGAGUUUUUGGACAUGGCAAAGUUUGGGUACUCGAUGGAGGUCUACCAAGAUGGCGUGCUUCAGGUUAUGAUGUUGAAUCCAGUGCAUCAGGUGAUGCUAUUCUGAAAGCCAGUGCCGCCAGUGAGGCUAUAGAGAAAAUCUAUCAAGGACAAACCGUCAGUCCAAUAACCUUUCAGACGAAGUUCCAGCCACAUCUAGUGUGGACACUUGAUCAGGUCAAGAACAAUAUGGAGGAUCAGACUUUUCAACAUAUAGAUGCUCGGUCCAAAGCCAGGUUUGAUGGUACUGCUCCAGAACCCCGUAAGGGAAUAAGAAGCGGUCAUGUCCCUGGAAGCAAGUGUGUCCCUUUCCCACAGAUGUUUGAUUCUUCUCAAACACUGUUACCAGCGGAAGAGCUAAAGAAACGAUUUGAACAAGAAGACAUCUCACUAGAGAAGCCUAUUAUGGCCUCGUGUGGGACUGGCGUAACAGCUUGCAUCCUGGCAAUGGGACUUCACCGGCUGGGGAAAACCGAUGUGCCAGUCUAUGAUGGGUCGUGGACUGAAUGGGCAACACAACCAGACUUGCCCAUGGAGGGUGAUGAAUCUUCUUCAUGAAAAUUGUCCAGGGGAAAGGCUAGCAACAAGAUUACAAAAGCCAUAUAAUUAUGAUGUUUAACUUAGAGGUGUUGGCUUCAAGUAAUCAAAAUCCAGUUGCUGGCUUAAAGUUUGCCUCAAGAAGUAAAAGAGGACUGUAUCUAUAGAACUUGGAUUUUUUUUUUUUUCUCUUUGGAUUCAUCUUCGUCACACAAGUGAAAAAAGUGUAUUUUUUUUCCGAAUAAAAUCAACAAACAUAAAAUUGAUAAUUUUUAUCAAUUUAAAA